UUGUCCAGACAGAGGAACCACGAAAGAGGUAAGAGCAGAGGGAUCUGAGCAACUAGAGCAAGACAAAUUUAAACCCUUAGGAAGAUUUCUUCCCAUAUCCAGAGGUAACAAUCCUGUUCAAAUCAUCAACAUAAUCCAGUAAUAGUAACAUUGUUGUUGCUGGGGUUCUAAUUUUCAUCUGUGACCCUUACCAAAUAUUUAUUUUUUCUUUCUUCCCUGUCUAGGUCUAACCUACUUGGGAAAUGCUGAACCUGUAAAGACAUCAGGAGCUGGCAGCGCUGUGAACCUGAUCGAACAUGGAGCACUGGGACUCGCUGGGAUUUUUGAUUGUCACUCUCAACUAUAAUGUGACAAUUGUAGGAAAGAUCUGGCUAAUGUUGAUAAUUCUGCUACGAAUGGCAGUGGUCGUGUUAGCAGGCUAUCCACUCUACCAAGAUGAGCAGGAGCGCUUCAUCUGCAAUACCCUGCAACCUGGAUGCUCCAACGUUUGCUAUGACUUGUUCUCUCCCAUAUCUCACUUCAGAUUCUGGCUCAUUCAGACUGUGUCUAUCCUGCUACCUUAUGCUGCAUUCAGCAUUUAUGUCUUGCACAAGGUAGCUACGUACAUUGUAAGAAUGCACUGUUUGGUGUACAGAUGCAGAGGCAAUAAGGAUUCAUCCAGUCACAAAGAUGUGAAGAAACUUUGUAGAAGUGCUCUAGUCAAUAGGUUAGAUUGCGAUGCAGAGAACCUAAGCAUCCUCAGUUUUUCUGGAGCAUACACUGUUCAUCUCUUUUUUAGGACAUUAAUUGAGGCUGCCUUUGCAGCUGCUCAAUAUUACCUUUUUGGAUUUUUUGUUCCUGAUCGCUUUUCCUGCUACCAUUCACCUUGUACAAGCACAGUUGAUUGUUAUAUCUCCCGGCCCACUGAGAAGUCCAUCAUGAUGGUGUUCAUCUGGGGUGUCACCAGUUUGUCCUUUCUGCUCAGCCUUGCUGACCUUGUCUGUGCUCUCCAGAGAAUGACAGCAAGAACCCAAAAGAAUAAGAUGCUGGCAAACCUCCAUGCAGAGGAUGAGGGCGUUGUAAAUCUUCCCCCAGUACAGCAUGGCAGCCCAAAAUCCCCACCUCAAAAUCAAGACCAUCGAGCAUCAAAUGGCAGCCAGACCAGUGAUGGCUCCCACUCACUUCUCUCUGAAGAGGAAGAGGAGACUGUUCUUCAUCCUGAAGGGGUCUCUCAGCAAACUGCCAGCACUAGCCUUAACAGCAACAGCAACAAGCCCCGUAUGUCAGGAGAUCUUGAUGUUACGCAAGAUAAUAUUGAAGAACCAUUGUGUGCUGGUGACCAACAAGGAAGUACAUGCCAGCAGGUGAUACCCGGGCUCCAGCAAGGUUUCAUUAAAGAUACUACCCUGACUUUGAGACCUCAGAUCAAGUCUCACCUUGGAGUUUCCUCCUCUGUAGUUCAGAGCAAGCUUUUAGGAUACUACACUUCAGCUGAGCUAAAGAAUCCUGAUGCACAAUCAAAUUAUAGUAGUACUAGUUGCUUGAGAUCAAAAAAGUCAGAAUGGGUAUAAAAUCUUGAGAGACCACUACACAAUGAUCCUGGCAGGACACAUCACUGUGGCCCUGAGGAAGUUUUGGGUAGUUUCAGCUGGAUCCCUUUGCUGAAGUUCUGCUGCAGAGGCAUGCUGCUUUGCAGUGUUUGGCUAACUGAAGGAAAAGGAGAAGCAGACCUCCACUGCAGAGGAAGCAAAACGACAGAUAAGAAUUUGAACGAUAUUACAUUAAUGGAACUGCUUUUUAGAAAAUGUAACAACUUUAUCCUUUUCUGGGUGUAAGUGACUCUAAAAAGCUGUGGACUGUCACUGAUGUGACUGACCUGUUUUGCCAGGAGUACAUGUGUAUACUUGUUUGCUCUAACCUAGUUUUAUUGCAAAAGAUUGAACUUAAGAAAGGUGUGACUUUUAAACACAGUUGUACAUUAUCUGUCAGAAGGUUAAUUUAUCUCCUCAUAUUAAACUCUCUAAGCCCACUGUAAGAAAGAAUAUUCAGGCAAGAGUAGAUGGUGAAAAAUAGAAAUAAAUGUUUUGUAGCAAAGUGUUAAUGUGUAAAGAAAGUGUGGAGCUUAUGGAUCUUUUGGAACUGAAGAGUACAUCUCCACUACUUAGUGUUUUGGGUUUACGUGGCAAGGUUUUGGUAGCAGGGGGCCUGCAGGGACGGCCUGUGUGAGAAGAAUCCAGCAGCUGCCCCAUGUUAGGUAAGGGCCAGUUUCAGCCGGCUCCAAAGGAACCUGACCCUGGCCACAGCCAAGCCAAUAAGCGGUGUUGUUUGAGCCUCUGUGAGAGCAGAUUUUUAGAAUGGGAAAAAGCUACUGCACAACAGCAGCUGGGAGAGUGAGGAGUGAGAACCAGCCCUGCAGCCCCCAAGGUCA